UUUCUGCAGGUGACAGCCAAGGCAGUCUACUCUGCCAUAGCCAAGUAUGGAGUGACUCACUUCUGUGCUGCACCUGUGGUUCUCAACACCAUAGUCAAUGCCUCACCAGAGGACACUAUCCUUCCCCUUCCCCACGUUGUAAAUGUGAUGACAGCUGGUGCCGCUCCACCCCAAUCUGUUCUCUUUGCAAUGUCCCAGAAGGGCUUCCGUGUCACCCACACAUAUGGUCUCUCAGAAACCUAUGGUCCUUCAACUGUUUGUGCGUGGAAGCCUGAGUGGAACUCGCUGCCGCCUGAAGCCCAAGCUCGCCUGAAUGCACGUCAAGGGGUACGGUACAUUGGUUUAGAGUUUUUAGAUGUCAUUGACACUCGAACAAAGAAACCUGUUCCUGCUGAUGGAAAAACCAUAGGAGAGAUAGUGUUUGGUGGUAAUAGUGUGAUGAAGGGCUACUUAAAGAACCCGAAAGCCAAUGAGGAAGCUUUUGCAGAUGGGUGGUUUCAUUCCGGGGAUCUUGGUGUAAAGCAUCCCGAUAACUACAUAGAAAUCAAAGACAGAUCAAAGGACAUUAUCAUCUCUGGAGGUGAAAACAUCAGUAGUUUGGAGGUAGAAAAUUUACUUUACUUGCACCCUGCAGUUCUUGAGGCUUCUGUGGUGGCUAGGCCAGAUGAACGUUGGGGAGAGUCUCCUUGUGCUUUCAUAACACUGAAGCAAGGAGCCGAUAAAGAUGAGCCACGAUUGGCAGAAGAUAUAAUGAAGUUCUGCCGGUCAAAGAUGCCUGCUUACUGGGUUCCAAAGUCUGUAAUAUUUGGUCCAUUACCGAAGACGGCAACUGGGAAGAUUCAGAAGCAUAUUCUACGGGCCAAGGCAAAAGAGAUGGGACCUUUAAAGAGGAGUAAGCUGUAAGUAUGAUGACGACGAAACAGAAAACAGGCGCUUGGUAAUGUCAACUUUGA